AUGCCUGAGGGCUGGGAGAAGGAUGACGACUUGCAUUGGGAACAUACCCCAAAAAUUUCCCCAAAGAGGGUAAAGGGUGGAGGUGGAGAAAGCCCAGAGCUGGACUUAGCCCUGGAUACUGCAAUGUCCAUGGAUACAGAAGAGAGGCUGGAGAAGCCGGACUUGAUGUCCAAGCCAAUGCUUGACAGCAUCCUUUGUCUUCGUGAUGACAGAUGGAAGUAUGUUCGGAGUCUCCUGACCCCAGCCUUCAGUGACACCAAACUGAAAGAGAUGAUACCACUAAUAAACCAGGCCUGCGACGUCCUGCUAUGUAACUUGAAAGUCUGUGCAGAUUCUGGCAAAGCUUUUGAUAUCCAGAGGUGUUACAACUGCUUUACCUUGGAUGUUGUUGGUAGUGUAGCUUUUGGUACUGAGGUGGAUUCUCUGAAGAAUCCUGAAGACCCCUUUGUUAAGAAUUGCAGAACAUUCUUUGAAAUGUCUUUGUUUAAGCCUCUCUUCAUUCUAAUCCUUUCUUUCCCAUUCAUAAUGAUCCCAUUGCUCCGGAUUUUGCCAAACAAGAAACAGAAGGAACUAAAUGGAUUUUUUAUCCAAACCAUAAAAAAUGCAAUUGUCUUCAGAGACCAGCAAGAUGCAUCUGAGAGGCGCAGAGAUUUUCUCCAGUGGAUGCUUGAUUCCCGCAGCUCAGCUGACUCCCUGGCAGACUGGUGUUUUGAUGUGAUCAGUCCAUCUGCCACUUCCAGACAGAAUGAGGAAUCUCUUGCUAGCAGAGCCCCAUCUGAAAAGGUUCAGAAGACAUUAACAGAUGAUGAGAUAGCAGGCCAAGCUUUCCUGUUCCUGAUCGCUGGAUACGAGACCACCACUAGCACACUGUCCUUUGCCACGUACUUGCUAGCCACCAACCCAGAGUGCCAAGAGAAGGUGCUUCAGGAGGUUGACGAGUUUUCGGCAAAACACAUGGUCCCUGAUUACCAAAAUGUACAAGAACUCCCUUAUCUGGAUAUGGUGAUUGCAGAGACAUUGCGCAUGUACCCACCUGCAUUCAG